AAUUAACAUUAUCUAGGCUUACUUAAAACAAGUUCAUUAUAUAAUAUGUCCUGUUAAUAAAUAUUUCAAAAGAUACACAAGGGUGCAGCAUUCAAGACAGAUAAAAUAGGGAAAAAGGUACGCGUGGGAAGCAGAUAAACCAGUUGCAUGAAGGUCAUUAUUACGAAAACAGAUUAUGAGCGCAAGAAACAGAAGAUCGAACUUUAUUCGGGUCCAAGUCCUGUUUUGUGUCUUGGACAAAUGUGGAAAUGAGGCUUGAUCAUGAAUUUUCGACAUGAGACGAGGAAAAGGAGGUACAAGAGAUACAGCAAGUGAAAGGGUAAGAGUGAAAAUGCCGGAAGUCAAAAGCAGGUGAGAUAACAUCUGUGAAGAGAGAAACAGAGCUAACGCUUCGUUUUAAUGAUCUUUCCAUAGACGUAUGUUGUGACAGGGGCAACAGAUCUUUCAACCCUUGGGGCAGCGAUGCUGAAGAGGAGGAUGUGAUGAUUUAAUUUGGAAUAUAAUGUCGGAGUUCAACAACAUCUAUUGUUUACGCUACUGAACCAAAAUCUGAGUUAUCCUUUGUGGGAAGACAGCAUUAAACUCAGCACAAGCAUUGCAUUCCAUCUUGAUCCAGAUUACUGCACCAUAAUACAUGCAAAGGGAUUACAUGCUCUACUUGCUGAGGAAAUGGCUUAUUUCAGCCCAAGUUUACUUACGUCUGUUGCCAAAUCAAGAGGAACAUGCUGUUUCACACCUAGCAAUUUAUGGACUUCAGUUGUGGUUCUCCAGGUCCGUGAUUUUCAUUCAUACAGACUAUUUCCCAGAGAUAAAGGACUUGGGAGGAUCUGCCCUCUUCUCUCCUGCAGUUUACCACACUUACACUCUCCUUUCAUACCUGUGUGCAAAUACCACACGUCAAUUUGGUGUUCUCAAGUGAAUAAAGAAUCUUCCGAUAAAAAAGAACAAAAGCCAGAUCCUGAGACAGAAGACUCACUUUCCCGGACAACUCAAACAGUUAUUGUGAAGCAAAGCUGGCAGCAGAAAAUUCUAAGUGAACUGAAACACUACUACAAUGGAUUCCGAUUACUUUGGAUAGACACAAAGGUGGCACUGAGGAUCCUGUCAAGAUUAUUUGUUGGACACCGGCUUACCCGUAGAGAGAGACGAAGGCUUAUACGAACAUGUGUUGACCUAUUCCGCUUAGUUCCAUUCAUGAUCUUUUUGAUUGUGCCAUUUAUGGAAUUUCUGCUGCCCGUUGUUCUGAAAUUGUUUCCUGGGAUGCUGCCAUCUACGUUUGAGACAAAAAUGUCAAAGGAAGAAAAUCAGAGAAAUACGUUGGCAGCAAAACUUGAGGUUGCAAAAUUUCUCCAGGAAACUAUUGCAGAAAUGGCUAAAAGAAAUAAAGCAAAGGGCGCAGAUGCAACCAAACAGUUUUCUUCCUACGUACAGAAGGUGCGUCGUUCAGGAGAAAGUCCGAGCACACAGGACAUAGUGCGUUUCUCCAAGCACUUUGAAGAUGAAUUGACACUGGAGCACCUGACCCGUCCUCAGCUGGUGGCACUGUGCAGGCUUUUGGAACUCCAGCCUUUUGGUACAAACAACCUGCUUCGCUUCCAGCUUCAGAUGGAACUACGAUCCAUAAAAGCGGAUGAUGAAAUGAUUGCUGAAGAAGGAUGUGAAUUUUUGACUGUACCAGAACUACAGGCAGCAUGCAGAGCAAGGGGAAUGAGAUCAUUAGGAUUAACAGAAAAACAGCUCCAAGAUCAGCUUACACAGUGGCUUCAGUUGCAUCUGAAGGAAAAUGUACCUCCAUCAUUGCUGCUGUUGUCUCGUGCCAUGUACCUGACUGAUAUCAAACCAAAAACUGUUAUUCAGAAAGUGCCAAAAAUUGAGCUGGGUAUUACUGGUAGCCUGAAGAAAGAACCAGAGAAACAAACCACCACUGAACCAUCAACCUUGCCAUCAUCGGAUGCAUUGUCUGACUUGACACCAACACUGAAAAGCAUGAAGUCUGCAGAUGGACAAAUGUCCCAAAAAACUAAGGCCUCUGCAAAUGGUUCAGGAUGAACAAAGUCAGAAGAACUGGAGAAAUGGACAACCUCCUCAUACCAGAGUACCUCUCAUCUCAGUUGAUUAGGACAACUCCACCAAAGGGACACUGUUGAGGACUGAUUAUACCAUUGUGGUAAUCAAUACUUCUAUCAUGUACUUAGGGUUCAAUCACUUUGCGGAUAGCCUGGUAACAUGCUCUCAAAUGCUUCAACCAAAGAGCACUCAUUUAAAUGAGAAAGGUAAUGUGUUCAAGACAAUACUGUGGAUGUAGAUGACUAGUUUGUCUUACUUGAGGCAGAACAGUGACAGUGGACUACAAACAGGGAAAACUACUUCUUCAUUGCACAACCACACCAUGUACAAAACAGUGUUAUUUUUCUGAAAUAUGUAUGGCAGCAGUACAGGGAAAAACACAAAACUAGACAGCCUGUACAAUUUAUAGUUGAUUUUCUCCUGUGACCUAUUGACGCUAUUAUAUUUAUAGCAGUGACAGCAGAUGCCAACCAAAGUCAUUAACACAGCACCAGACUAACUGCCUACUGGUGCGUUGCAACAUGGCACGCAGCCUGAGCAAUGUGAUGAGGAUAUACUAUCUGGGACAAAACCUGACCAGGACUGUGCAGGUACAGGUACUGGAUAGCAGGAGCUUUAUGCUCAGGCUAAGAAGAUAAUACUUUUAUUUAUCUCAUACGUGUGGUCCUGUGUUUGUGACACAGAGGUCUUUUUUGAUCCAUCAUUGAAUACGUCACUACAUUUUAUAACAAUGCCUGUCAUGUUUGGAAUCAGUUGUUUUAGCUUUGUGACUUCCCCAAGCAGCAACUUCACACAAAUAUCUGCCUUCCCCUUCUGGAUGUUGUUGGGAGCAGAGAAAAUUGGCCCUAAAGGAAUCCAAGCAUCUGUCUAUUCCCCAAGCAGCGAUGGUACAGGGAGCAAAGGACAAGAAUGUUUAUGAAAAUGCCAAAACAUUGUUGGUCUUUUUAAGAUGUGCAACAAGACCAUCUCCUGCAAUUGAAAUGAGUGGACUCAUACUUGCUCAGCUGCAACAUUGGGGAUCCAAAGAUCUGCAGAGAAACUGAGCAUCCUUCCAUCACUGAGUGAAGAUGAAGCAUCUUUUGGAGAAGUCAACUCAAAUGGUUGUUUUGUCCAUGCAUCUGGUGAUUGCCAAUGAUUGGAAUUGCAGUUCCCAAAUGCAAACACGCGGUCACUGAAAAUAGUGAAACAAAUUUCAAUCAACACCUAAAUUUUACCGGUUGAUUGAAUUCUAGCUAUUUGCUCCUGUUUCAAUGUCUUUUCUUUCAAAAGUAAAAUGGUGAACAGAUUAUUGCUGUGUCAUAUGGUCAGCACUUCAUGUCACUUCGUAAAAUCUGGCAAAAGGACACUAAAAUCUUUAGAAUAAUUCAUUCUACCAUCCUUAAAAGCAGACAAAAAUGAAGAAAUAUUGUUGUCCACCAUGAAGUCCUGAGCUGGAAUAACCUCCAGUGAAUGAAAUACUGAGCAACACGAUAAGAGCAGAUAGUGGCAUUUAGCUCAGAUGACCCAAAUACUAAAUUUGAAACACCACCAAAGUCAAAGCCUUUGUGCAUGGUUAGCAGUUGGUCAGACACAGAGAACUACUUCAGAAACAGGUCCUCUUUUCACAUUACCAGAAACACAAUUCCACCUGUAACCAAUUAAAAACUAUCUCAGCCCCCAAAAACAUGGUGAAAUAGAAUGCUAUAAUGUCUGAAACCUGACCACCCCGACCAUUUUUUGCUCCUUGAUUAAUAUGCUGCAGCGGUUAUGUGUUACAGACAGGAAGGUUGAGAUGAGACCACAAUACAUUGACUAUGAUCUUACUGAAUUGUGGAGCCGGCCCAAAAAGCUAAAAUGGCCAAACCUUGCCCCAAAUCCCAUAUUGCUGUUUUCCUAUGUAAAAAGACUGUCACAUCACUUUGCAAAUUUGUGUCCAAGAUAUGGAAAAACUUAAUGGCUGAAAGGAGGAGAGGACAGAGCUAAAGAAAAAUGGAAGUCUCUUUUUGAAAGGCAGCUCGAGAUUAUUCCAAACUCAUUUUCUCCACUGUCUCAUAGUCCCCAACCACCAAAUUUCUCACGUAAAGACCAUCCUGGGCCUGGGAGCAGAACCCUUCCCCAUCUCACUAUGAUCAAGUUAAAACUUUGCUAUGCCUCUUGUAACAAGUGGAAGCUGACUCCCAGACAGAGAAUCUUCAGGGCAAAAAUCAGGGCCAGUGCAGAAUCAGAACUUUGCAGCAUGCUGGGGGACCUAAACUUUUAGGUUUCCAUAUAAAAAUCCUCAGCUGCUAUCCCUCCACCUCCCCUUUCACGCCACAAAGUUGAAAUGAUUGAAAAUACUAAUUUUAGAGCUACUCUUCCAUUUGUCCAAACUGAAUGUAAAAGUCGAUGCUUCUGAGGUGUGCCUUUACUCAGAGUCAUUAUUUAAUCCUGCCACAUGACAUCGUACAAAAUCUCAGAAAACCUAUUUUCUGGUUGCUUCCACAGUAUGUUGCCAUAAGAAACACUCACAAAAGCAUUCUGUGAACUCUGCACUCAGGCUACCUUUCCAAAGUGAUUUUUUUUCAGUUUUUUUCAGAUUAUAAUCAUCCAUGAUUGUUGCUGUCCCUUUUCCACAAGCACCCAAUAAUAAUUCUUGUAUACUUUGUCCUACAUUGUGGUUAAUGUUAAGCAGCUUUUCAUCAACUCCUAUGAAAGACUUCUGUUAUAAUCCCAGCUAAUUUUACUACUGGAAAAGUGAGAGCUUCGAAUGAGAUCUGGAUUAAUUGAUCAUAUUUUAGUUUUCUUUCACUUCAAUUUAACAGUCUUUCACUGAAACCUAAGCAUACAAGGCUCCAGAUGUGGUUGAAACAAUAAAACGGGAGUUUAUUGUGCUCAUUAAAAAA